AUUUUGACUUGGCAUUAGGGCAUCCCUAAAUGCAUCAGAUGACAGCUAUGCUGAGCUAGAGACUAGGAUCUCAGUUUUUAAGUACUAGACAGGUAGUGCAUGAAGCUGUGACUCAGGGGUUGAGCACCAGGCUUAUACGCUAACAAGGCGACUCGUAUACAACUGCCUGAUUAGUCACGAUCCCUAGGCGUUGCAAGCCGCUCUACUGCUCUUUCGAUGCUUCGGAACUGACGAGACUGGGGAGCGUGUCUAGGGCGAUAGAUCUGGUGAGACGCAUCGUCAACUUCGUACUUUUCGGGGCCGUUUCAGCUUAAAGCCACCAUGAGGCGCCGACAGUGGCGAUCAGGAAACAUUCUCCUCAUUAUAUGACGUGUUUAUGUCAGCGGUCCGUCGUGAUCAGUAGACCCCGUGUGUAAUCUCGUGCACCCCUUAUCCAUCAGCAACGUCAUUACUGGCUCCUUCCAUUACUCGAGUCCAUCGUCAUGAGCCCAUGGGAACUCAUGCUCCUCUCACCAGCUACCCCAUACUAACUAGUUCCUUGGCAACGCAGUGGUUAUAGUAGUUUUAGUAUCUUAGACGGAACGGAAAGUUAGGAAUUUAGCUCGCAACCAGUUGCUGGGCAAACUCCCUAGGGAUCGAUCAAGAUGGUUUUUCCGAUCCUCAAGCUAGGCGCACUGGCGGUCAAGACGAUGAGCAAGCCGCUAGCCAAUGCAAUAAAGCGGAGAGCCAAGAGCCACCCCAAGUUCCGGGGAACGAUCAUCAACUUCGCGCAGAGUUAUCAUAAGAUCAAUGUGGGGUUACAGCGCCGGCUGUACGGUUACAGCACGAACGUGGACAUCAAGCCGUUGAUAGAGGAGAAAGCAGUGGAGACAGCAGCAGACCUCGUGGGCGAGCUUGUAGUCUUUGGGGUUGCAGGCGGUGUUGUUGUAGCAGAGUACACGAGAAGCACAAUAUCAGAUGCACGGAAGGAGGAGAAGAGGCGGCAAGAGAGGGAGGCUCUUCGUCAGAAGGACCUUGAGUUGGAGCGGGAGUUGCAGAUGCUGAAGGCACGCCUAGAUGCACUGGAGAAUGCAGCGUCUGACAGCUGGCUUCCACGCAUACUGAGAGGCGGCAGCACAUUUUCAUUGAGUGGAGGUGGCCGAGGCACGUCCAGUGUCCCCCAGACAACUAGUGGAAGUGGGGCAGGCGAGGGGGAGAAGGCAGAGGAGCACGAGCAUGAUGAUGAGCAUGUGUCUGAUGAGGCACGUGAGGAAGAGGAGGAUCACGGUAAAGAUAGUCAUAAAAAGAAGUGAUUCUGAUGAAUGUGCAAAUUUGGAGUGUGCUUCUGCUGUCAUUGGUAAGCUAUUGGUGAAUAAUUGUGAACCAAACAUGGCGGACCAGAAAUACGGAGUAGAUACGGAGUAGGUGCACAGUAGCCAUGUAGUAGCUUUGCUUCACGAGCUAUUAAAUCUACUAAAUGAAA